GUUUGGCUGAAGAUUAGAUUGGCUCGAGAUAGGAUUUUUUGUAUUAUUAAAAUUUAUCUUUUAUUUGUUAUGCAAGUCGGGUUGUUCCUGUUUUAAAAGAAAUGUCUGAAGAAACCAAGCCUUCAUGUGGGCCAGUGCAGGUGAAACAAGAAAACGAGUUGCUAUUCCCAGAUGAAGUUCCCACAAUAUGUAUCAAAGAAGAGGAAACACAGGAAGAUUAUAGUGACGGAUUAACUUCUAUACAACUGAAACAAGAAGAACUGCUCCUUCCGGACGAAGAUUUAAAUGAUUGGGAUGUUUCUACAAAGGAAGAAACGACUGUUAAAAUGGAAUAUACUUGUGCCAAUGAUUCUAGCCAGACAGAUGAAAAGUUCCAGCAAUAUUUUCAGUGUGAUCAUAAAUCUGUUGAAGAAGGUAUAAUAGACUAUCAUAUAGGUGAAAAACCUCAUAAAUCUCACGAUGAUUUUAGAUCCAAUCAGUCUAGAUAUAUGAAAAAAAAAGUAUUGGCUCGUAAUAAGAAGUCUCAUCAAUGUCCUCAUUGCGAUUACAAGUCUGUACAAUCUGGAGAUAUGAAAAGACACAUUAAGUCCCAUCAUACAGGUGAGAAGUCUCAUAAAUGUCCUCACUGUAGUUAUAAGACUGUAUACCCUAGUAAUAUGAAAAGACAUAUGAUGUCCCAUCAUACAGGUGAGAAGCCUCACCAAUGUCCCCAUUGUGAUUAUAAAUCUGCACAAUCGGGACAUAUGAAAAUGCAUAUAAUGUCUCAUCAUUCAGGGGAGAAGCCUCAUCAAUGUCCUCACUGCGAUUACAUGUCUGUACAAUCUGGAUGUAUGAAAAGCCACAUAAUAUCCCAUCAUACAGGUGAGAAGCCUCAUAAAUGUCCCCAUUGUGAUUAUAAAUCUGCACGAUCGGAACAUCUGAAAAUACAUAUAAUGUCCUAUCAUACAGCUGAGAAGCCUCAUCAAUGUCCCCAUUGUGAUUAUAAAUCUGCAAGAUCGGGAGAUGUGAAAAGACAUAUUAUGUCACAGCACAUUGGUGAAAAGCCCCAUCAAUGUCCCUGUUGUGAUUAUAAAUCUGCACAUUCAGGAGAUAUGAAUAGACAUAUAAUGUCACAGCACACAGGUGAGAGGCCUCAUCAAUGUCCCCAUUGUGAUUAUAAAUCUGCACGUUCCGGACAUAUGAAAAACCAUAUAAUGUCCCAUCAUACAGGUGAAAAGCCUCACAAAUCUCAUGAUGAUUUUAGAUCCAAUCAGUCUAGAAAUAUGAUAAAAAAAGUAAUGGCUCGUAAUAAGAAGUCCCAUCAAUGCCCUCACUGCGAUUACAAGUCUGUGCAAUCUGGAAAUAUGAAAAGACACAUUAAGUCCCAUCAUACAGAUACAGGUGAGAAGUCCCAUCAAUGUCCUCACUGUGAUUACAAAUCUGUACGAUCUGGAAAUAUGAAAAGCCAUAUAAUGUCCCGUCACACAGGUGAGAAGUCUCAUAAAUGUCCUCACUGUGGUUAUAAAACUGCAUACUCUAGUAAUAUGAAAAGACAUAUAAUGCGUCAUCAUAAAGGUGAAAAGCUUCAUCAAUGUCCUCACUGCGAUUACAAGUUUGUACAAUCUGAAGAUAUGAAAAUACACAUUAAGUCCCAUCAUACAGGUGAAAAGUCUCAUAAAUGUCCUCACUGUAGUUAUAAGACUGUAUACCCUAGUAAUAUGAAAAGACAUAUGAUGUCCCAUCAUACAGGUGAGAAGCCUCACCAAUGUCCCCAUUGUGAUUUUAAAUCUGUACAAUCAGGAAAUAUGAAAACAAAUAAUGUCUCAUCAUUCAGGUGAGAAGCCUCAUCAAUGUCCUCACUGCGAUUACAUUUCUGUACAAUCUAAAUGUAUGAAAAGCCACAUAAUAUCCCAUCAUACAGGUGAGAAGCCUCAUCAAUGUCCCCAUUGUGAUCAUAAAUCUGCACGAUUGGGAGAUAUGAAAAGGCAUUUUAUAUCACAGCACACAGUUGAAAAGCCUUAUCAAUGUCCCCAUUGUGAUUAUAAAUCUGCACGUUCGGGACGUAUGAAAAACUGUAUAAUGUCCCGUCAUACAGGUGAAAGGCCUCACAAAUCUCACAAUGAUUUUGGAUCCAAUCAGUCUAGAAAUAUGAUUAAAAGUAAUGGCUCGUAAUAAGAAGUCCCAUCAAUGUCCUCACUGCGAUUACAUGUCUGCACAAUCUGGAAAUAUGAAAAGCCAUAUAAUGUCCCAUCACACAGGUGAGUAACCUCAUCAAUGUCCUUACUUUGAUUAUAAGGCUAUACACUCUAAAAAUAUAAAGGAACAUAUAAUGUCCUGUCAUACAGAUGAGAACUCUCAUUAAGGUCAUCACUGUGGCUACAAAUCUGUUCUAUCUGGGACUAUUAAACACCAUUUAUGGUCCAUCAUACAGAUUAGAAGCCUUACCACUGUCCUCUUUGAAAUUAUAAAUCUGUCUAACCUUAAGAGUUACAACAACAUAAUAUGAUUUUUCAUACCAGUGAGAUGCCUUUUCACUGUUGUCAUGGGGAUUAUAAAUGUGUUGCAGUUCUAAAAAUGCAAAAAAACAUAUUAUGUCCCAUCAUAUACAUGACUUUAAAUCUGUACAAUAUGGAGGUAUAAAAAAAACAUACUAAGACCCAUUGGAAUCCUUACUGUGAUUAUAAAUUAUAUUAUUUAAAACAAUGAAAUAGUAGAAUUAUCUUAUCACACAGAUGAGAAGCCUCACCAGUUUCCUCAGUACAACUUUAAAUUGGCUGCAUCAAGUUAUUUGAAAAAACAUAAUUUCCCAUCAUAUAUCGGAGAAGUCCCAUCAAUGCCUUCACUCUGUUAACAAUCGGCAACUAUGAAAAGCCAUACAAUGUUCCAUCAAACAGAUAAAAAGCCUCAUCGCUAUCCUCAUCGUAAUUAAAAAUCUGUACAAUCUGUUCAUGUGAUAAAAAAACAUAUAAUGGCCCAUCAUUCAUAUGAGAAUCCUCUCUAAUUUGGGCUAGUAAUCAUUAACUACUGGUUACAAAACAAAGCAGUCACAAUUAUCAGAGAUAUAUAUUGGUCAAAUUUACGUCAUAGUAUAAUAUCAGCAAAAUUUGAAUGAAUACAACAAUUUGACACUGCUAAUAUCGAUUUUAAAACUGGUGGAAAAUGUAUUAUAGUGUAAUAAGGUAUGAAGAAUUUAUAUUUGUACGUAUAAUUGGUCAAGAUUUAAAUAGUGGUGUGAAGUAAUGUCAUCGGGAUCUAUUUUCAAAAAAUGAAAUAUGAGGUGGAGUAAUAUAGGUUGAGGGGAGAGUCAUGUAUUUGGGCAACCAGAAGGUAACCAGGUGGGGAGUAGUGGAUGUAUGAGUGCACGGUUGUCUAAGAAUAGAGAUCAUGCAGUGGAACGAUCAGAUAUGGAACAAGAGUCGAUAGAUGUAACAAAUUUUGAGUUUGGUUUGGUAGAACAUUGAGAGAAAAUGAGCCGAAAUUGAUUCGGUGAUAUCGAAGACGCUGGAGCAUUUCUAAAAGAAGAAUUUGUGUUACUGACAGACGGUUAUGAGUGAGUGUCAAUAUUGCUAACAGUAUCGCGUCAGCAGGAUAGCGACACCAAGCUUACCUGACAGCGGAUGGUUUUGAAAACAUUUGCAGUUUUUAUAUGUAUAAUUUAAGGUUUGAUUAAUGUGUAUUAUAUAGUUGUUUUAUUUUGAAUGAGUAUCAAGUUGUUAGAACCGAACAUAAAUUGUAUAUUUUUUAGAGUUUUAAAAACAUUUUUUGUAUUCAAUAAAUGACAUUUGUAUGAUAUGUUUU